AUGCCGAAAGUCAUCAUCUUCGCCGGCGCCCCCGAGGCCGACUGGUCAUCCCCGGAUUCCCUCCUUCUCUUCUCCGGCCCACCCGCACUACCCGCCCCCACUUCAACAUCAACAUCGACCUCAUCAUCAACCUUAGCACCAGCAACUCAAAACGCAAACACAACCACAACAGCCCUCCCCUCCUGGCGAUCCCUCCCCUUACACCAUAAGCCCCUAACAACAGGCUACUCCCAACUCCACGGCCUCCCCACAAACUUCCUCCCCCCAGCACACUUCUUCUCCCUCUCCUGGGACGUACACCAAGAAACGACCAAUAACGACACCACCAUCACCACCACCGACUCCCAAGACCCCCUCUCCCAGCAAUUCUACAACCACUCCCUAGCCCUCCACCACGACCUCGCAUCCUCCCAGCUCCCGGCCCCUCCAUCCUCAUCACAACCUCCUCCAUCCAGCAGGCACAGAGACAACACCUCCUUCAACACAACAGCAACAGACUCUUUCAUCACCGAAACAACAGACUCCUUCGAAGACACCACAGCAGACCUCUCAACCUCGCUCUCCACCCCGCGCCCGCCCCUUUUGACGUCAACCCACCACCUCUCCGACCUAGAAGACAUCCCCCCGGCCCCCUCCCUCCUCCGCCUCGCCCCGCAAACCGUAACCGUAAACCUCAUCGCCGGUGUAAUCUCCGUCUCCACCCCGCGGAGCGUGACAACCCGCUGGGGCAAUGAGUUGUCUCUGGUCGAGGUGCUGUUAGGAGACGACACGCGCGCCGGGUUCGGCGUGACGUUUUGGUUACCUGCGAUGCCGCCGCCUCCUCCAGCAGCUGUGAAGAACACUGGUAAGCCAGCAUCAGCGGAUCCGACGUCGCCUGCGAACCUGAGGAGACAAGACGUCGUGUUACUGCAGAAUGUGGCGCUGCAUGUGUUUAGGGGGAAAGUGUACGGGCAGAGUCUGCGGAAGGGGUUGACUAGGACGACGGUGCUGUAUCGGAGGAAGUUGGGGGAGGGGGAUGAGGGUGGGUAUUAUCGCCCGAGGGACCUGGAGAGGGCUGCCACUGCAGGAGGGGGAGGGGAUGGGGAUGGGGAACCGAGCACGGUGCAUCCGCAGCUUGUCAAGACGGGCAGGGUGUGGGAGUGGGUGAUGAAAUUCAUUGGCGGCGGUGACGGCGAGGAGAAGACGACGGCGAAGGGGGUUGUGAGGAGGGGGUGGGAUGCGUUGCCUGAUGAUACCCAGUGA